AAUGCCAUUUCUUGUUACACUGAACACAUGCCAGUCUUUCAAUUGCAUUCAACGUUACUUCACAAGAAAGUAGUAAAAUACCUAUAAGGCCGCGUCCGAAGCAGUAAACUGGUGGCUGGACCAACGGAAAACAAGAUGAUGUAACGAAGAACGAACAGAAGCACCGAAGAACAUAGGCUUUUCCACCCGUGAGAUGGAAAAGGAGUGAAAGUGAUCGCAGUGUGUGGGGAAGGUGUGUGAAGAGCGGGCCCAAAGGUUGCGUCUUACGUCUACACCUGUCCUCUGUGUAUAGCAAGUGAGAAAUUGAUUCGAAAUUUCUUUUUUUAUCAUGUUCUAUAGAACGACCACGUGACGACCAGAGGCGAAGAUGCAUUUGGAGUGUAAAAAGAAAAGACUUUGACCAAAUUAACGAAGAGGUUCUCUUGUGAGUUACAAAGAGGCUGUACCUACGACCGUCCCUCUUCACGAUCGCCUCCAAAAGCAAACCAAAAGAACCUCACCACACACGCACACGCACGCACACACACAAACACACGUACACAAACACACCCGCACCCUAUCCACCACCCACAAGAAAUCCACAUCCAAAAAUAUCCACCCGAUCCACUCGGCCCUAAUCCACAAUGAGCCUCGAAAGGGCGGGUCCCUCUUCGCGGUAUGUGGAUUACACGCAGUCCAGCCACAGUGGAUACCGCCCCUCGUCGGUCUCCAGCUACGAGUACCCGCCCGAGAGACCGCCCCGUCGGGAGAGGGACCGACGGGAGCGCAGCAGGUCGAGGGACUCUUCCCGGGAGCGGUACCCCGGGGGCAGAGGGGUGUACUACAACCCGGGCAUCGAGGAGGACCGAGCCCCGAGCGACAGAGCCGAGAGCGAGUUCACCGUCAGGAACGAGGCUGUGAUCAACCCGCAGCUGGAUGAGGAGGAGCGGAGGGCGGCGUCGCGGGCGGCCUCGGAGAUCUACGCGUCGACCAGGAUGCCGCGCCCGCAGUCUGAGAUUAGGUACAUCGGCCUCUGCAUGUUGAUAUUCGGUUUCCUUGUGCUGUUCGGAUCCCUGAUCUACUGCGUCUUCGUUUGCCGUGAAGUAGAGAGGAUGAGACCGCCCCCAGGAGAGCUUUACUGGACAAACCACUGGACCAAGCAGCUCAACAUGCCUGAAAUCCAUUACACCAACACCCAGUAUAAACCCUCUGAUUAUAAAGGUUCCGAAUACUCCUUUAAGACGGAGCCGAGUCGCAUGACAUCGAACAGUCAGCGGUACUAA